AUGCCGUCGUACGCGUCGACGCCUUCGCCACGGUACAGCGUGUACGGGAAUCACCACCACGGGCACGACCGCAGGCACGAGCGCCCGUCAGUUCCCCUGCGCUCGCCAACCGACACGAGCUUCUACAAUGACUCCAAGAAGCCGCCCGUAAUCGAGGUGCUGCAGCGGCCGGCGGAGGCGCAACGGCCGCUCAGCCGCGUGGUGAGGCCGUACAUGCCCGGGCCGACGCCGAGCGACUCGACCGAGAACCUGACCGACAUCAAGCUGCGCGACUGGUCUGAGACGCGCGACGACCUCGUCGUCGGCACGUCGCAGCUCUUCACGGCCUCGGGUCAGCGGCGCUUCAUCCCAAUGCCGACGCCGGACCCCAAGGACCCACUGAACCUGCCCGAGUGGCGCAAGUGGACCGCCAUCGCGGCCCUGUGCUUCUUUGGCGCCCUGGCCCUGUCGGCCGAGGUCAUCAUCGGCGCCCUCGUGCCCAUCUUCGUGCUCGAGUACGCCGGCAUCGACCCCAAGAUCGUCGGCAAGAUCGACCUGGGCGCCCUCGUGCCCCCGGGCACCGUCGACUUCAACCCGCUCGGGCUGCUGGCCAAGCUGGGCGGGCCGCCCAUCGACCAGGUGUCGCUGCUCAGCUCCAUCCCGCUGCUGGUCAACGGCCUGGCCUCGUACAUGCUGGUCCCCUUAUCCAUCGGCGUCGGCCGCCGCCCCAUCCUCCUCUUCGCGGGCUUCUGCGCCUUCGUCGGCGGCUUCUGGGCCGGCGGCUCCACCAGCCUGGCCAGCCACCUGGCGGCGCGGUCGCUGCAGGGGCUGGGCGCGGGCGCGGUCGAGGCGCUGAUCCCGCUCAUCGUGCAGGACAUGAUGUUCAUCCACCAGCGCAACAAGUCCAUCUCGCUCAUCGCCGCGUCGCAGGGCCUCAUCAUCGUCGGGCUCGGCAUCUCGUCGCCCAUCAUCGUCGCGCGCCUGUCGUGGCGCUACCUCUACUGGAUCACGUCGAGCGCCGCCGUGGCCGCGUGGCUGCUCAUGGUGGCGCUCGUGCCCGAGACCCGCUGGGUGCGCAGCGCCGAGGAGCUGGCCGGCAAGGAGGUCUACGAGCUCAGGCCGGGCGAGACCCGGCCCAGGCUGGACCCGGCCGUGUACGGCCCCCGGACCAACUGGAGCGACUUUGGCGUCUUCAACGUCCGGUCCGAGUGGCGCCUCGCCGGCCAGUCCGUCUGGGACACGUUCCGGUCCACCCUGUUCCCAAACAUCUUCUGGGUCAUAGUCGUCAACUCCAUCUUCGUCUCGAUGCAGGGCGCCGCCGGCCAGGUCGGGUCCAGCCUGCUCAUCGCCGCGCGCUGGAAGUUUGAGCACCUGGGCGUGGCCGUCGUGCCCAUCGUCAUCGCCACGCCCUUUGUGUGGCUGUUUGGCGGCUGGGUCGCCGACGCCAUCAGCAACGCCCACGCCCGCCGCAACGGCGGGCGCCGCGAGCCCGAGGCCCAUCUGCUGUCGCUCAUUUUCCCGCUCGCCGCCGGCAUCACGGGCACCGUCGUCUUUGGGUACGCCGGGCAGAACAUCCUGACGGUGCCGAGCAUCACGGUGCUCGUGGGCAUCUUCUUCAUCGGCUUCGGGUUCCUGACGGCCAACGCGCUGUUUUCCGUCUAUCUCGUUGAGAGCUAUCCCGCCUAUGCCGGUCCCGUCCUCGUCAACGUCUCGUCCUUCCGCCUCAUCGUCGGCUUCAUCAUGUCCUUCAAGGCCACCCAGUGGGUCCAGGACAUUGGCUUCCUCAAUAGCUUCGGCAUCUACGGCGGCGCCCUGGCCGUGUCGUGCCUGGGCCUGCCCUUUGUCUACUUCUACGGCAAGCGCAUCCGCGCCUGGACCGCCGGCACCCUCGCCCCGUCCAUGGCCAAAGACGACAGGGAAAUGUGAUGCGGCGGCG